CAUUUUACUAUUUAGCGAAAUGAUUAAAUAAUUGAGUUGUCAUUGGUCAAGUAAUUGUUAGUUAAACAUAUUGAGUCAGUUCACUUGGCUUAUCGCUUCCGUGGAUUUAAUGGUUUCAUGGAUUUUGUAGACUUCAUGGCUUCUACAAUUGUUAUUUAUUAUUUAAUUAAAAAAAAAAAUUGGAAACGAAUAACCAACCUCUCACAAACCAGUAAGGUCACAGCUUUUUCUUUAAGCCAAUCAUUUAUUGUAAUCGGAUUAGAUUUGCCGAUGGGUUUUGAACUUAUCAAGUUUCCAAUGAUAGAAAUCAAGCAAAAAAGGAUAUGUUGUGUUGGCGAUAAGUGGUGAGGGUAUAAAUCAUAGGACGAAGACAGUGGGCGAUAGUGAGAAAAACAAGCACUUCAGCGUAGAAUGAGGGAAAACAAGGCACACAAUAAUAAGAACAAGUCGGUUGCUCGCUGUUUCAGAUAUCUUAAUUGG